CAGAGUACAGAAAUGCUGCCGUUAUUAGUGACAACUCUUUCAGACUACUUUAAUAACCACGUUGCCGGAGAACGUUGGCAGCGUUCAGGAAUGCUGCCGUUAUUAGUUACAAGUUUAUCUGAGUGUCCUGAUGAUGUGUUGCCGGAG